GUUGAACCCUCGCGCCCCGACAACAUGGCCGUCGUGUCUCUCCCCGCCCAUUACAGCCCGCAGCGCCUGCGCUCCUAUGUCUUGCGCCUGCCGCUGGUCACCCGCCUGAUCCUGCUGGUCGUCGUGGCCCUCUGGGUAGCCACCUUUGCCAAUGCCGGCCUCCGCGAGAAAUGCGCCCUGAUUCCUGACCAAGUCAGUCUGACGGCCGCAUACCGCCUAAACACCUAUCCCGUCACCCAUUUGGGCUUCUUCCAUGUCUUCCUCAACAUUCUCGCCUUGACACCCCUCCUCGAGCGCUUCGAAGCCGAACAUGGUACAUUGGUGUCUCUUGUACUAUUUACUGGGCCGUUUGCAACGUUCCCCGGAAUUCUAUACAUCUUGAUUGAGCGUGGUCUCCUCAGAAGCAACACGGCUGUGCAGGGCGCAAGUGUUUGGGUAUUCCUUCUUCUGUCAGCAGAAGCCGUCGUCACCCACAGGGCGAACCCAUCCUUUGCCAUUGGACCUUAUAAGAUACCCACUUGGACUACUCCCCUAAUAUUCAUCGUCAUCACGAGCGCACUCGUCCCGGGCACGAGCCUGCUCGGCCAUCUCUGCGGCGCCCUGAUUGGUUACCUCUGGGGCCUGAACUACAUACGCUUCCUGGCUCCUCCGGAGAAGAUCUUACGGUGGAUCGAGUCCAAGCUUAAGCUCAUGCAGCGCGUGCCGCACUAUGUCUCCGUCGACCGGUCGACGUUCGGAAGGUAUGGUGUGCUGCCGUCUUCGACGCCGCUGCAGAGUGCCAUUGUUGGUACUACCCAACGUUUGGGUGGAGAGGUUCGGGAGGCCCAGGAAUGAGUGAGCAAGCUGAUGGUGUAUCACUUUCUGUGAUUCAUCUAUGGCGUUGGGUUAUCCGCGGAGAUCUUCCCUUCCAUUUCUCCUGUGGAAGGGUCUUUUUAGAUAAUCACUUUUCUCGGUCCAUGUUUCCUUGUUCCAUACCUAUACUUAGAGGAAGAGCAGCCUUGCAUAGGGCUCUUUACGAAACGACAAUACGCAACAAUUUUCCCCUC